AUGAAGAAUUUCAUGCAGAUAAAAACCCUACGUUUGUGGAAUGGGUAUCACAGGAAAUUGUCAACUUGUAAAAACUUUUUUUUUUCCAUCGAUAAAAUUGGGGUGUCAGAAAAUUUUAAUUACAGUUCGAAGCUAGUCAAUUCGGCAUAUAAAAAAAACAGACCAAUAUUAGAAAUAAACAAAAAUGAGAGAAACAAAAAUGGGAGAAAUAAUUCCCAAAAUGCGAGAAGUAAUUCUCAAAAUGCGAGAAGUAAUUCCCAAAAUGGGAAUAAUUAUGAACAUGUUAUACCUGAUGGAAAUGACGAAUUUUAUGAAUCAAUAAAAAAAAGUUUUAAAGAAAAAAAAAAUGAUUUAGGCUUAUGGAAUAUUUAUUGCCGUGAAAUAAUGUAUAGAAUAAAUGAAAAAAAUUUAAGUCCAAAAAUAAUUACAAAUUCAUUAACAUUAUUAUCAUAUACUGAAUAUGAAAAUAAUCGAAUUUUUAUUGAAAUAAUAAAUAGAUGUAUUCUAAGACUUAAAGAUUUUGAUCUAAUUAAUAUAUGUUCUAUGAUAAAUUUUUUAUGUAAAAAAAAUAUUAAAAGUAUAUAUUUAUUACAAGAGAUUAAAAAAAGAAUAAUAGACGAAAAAAAAAAAGAAUUUUUUGAUAAACCAUCUUCUCCACAUUAUAUAAGCCUUUUAAUAAAUUCAUUAAUAAAAUUAGAUUAUUUUAAUUUUGAAAGUAAAAAUUUUGAAAGUAAAAAUUUUGAAAGUAAAAAUUUCCUUUUUUUUUUACUUGAAAAAAUCGAAAAUAACAAGCCUUCUGAAUUUAGUCUUGUAGGUUUAAGUUUAUUACUCUAUAAUAUAUCUAAAUUGAAAAUUACAGAAAAAUAUAAUUUAUUUAUUUUAUAUCAAAAUCAUAUCUUAAAAUUAAAAAAACACUUUAAUGUUAUACAAAUAAUAAAUAUCUUAAGUGCUUAUAAUGAUACAAAUUUUUUAACUUUUCCAAUUUUAAUACAAUUAUUAGAAUCGUUAAUUUAUGAAAAUCAUAUUUUUAAAAAAAUUUCUUUACACCACCUUGUUAGAUUAUUGCAGAUCUCUUUCCGCUUUUUAUCAAAAGGUGGAAAAGGUGGAAAAAGUGGGAAAAAUGGGAAAAAUGAAAAAGAGAUAGAAGCCGGGCCCAGCAUCCCAGACGAACAAAAUAACUAUAAAAUUAUUGUACAAAUAAAUGUUCAUAUAUUUAAUUCAAUUUUUAACAAUUUACCAUUUUGCAAAAAAAAAGAAAAUCUUGUAUCAUUAUGUUCAACACUAGCUACACACAAAGAAUUGGUAAUGAACUGUUUUGAUGAAAAAAAUGGAGAGAAAAAUGAUACAAAUUUGGUGGUUAUUAAAGAAAAUAUAAAUGAAUUAUUUAAGCUAAUAAAAGAUAAUAUAAUAAAUUUAAUAAAUACAUGUAAUAGUAUAGAAUUAUCUAUCAUAUUUUAUUGUUAUUCAAUUUAUAAAAUGAAUGAUAUAAAUUUAUUCCAAUGUAUAAAAUUAAGAGUUCUAAGAACAUUUUCUAUGUUUAAUGAAAAAACAUUUUCUUAUAUUUUUAAAGCUUUUAAAAAUUUGAAAAUAAAAGAUUAUGUUUUUGAAAAUUCAUGUUUAAAUAAAAUAAUCCAAUUCAAUCGUUUUAAUUCUAUAAAUAAUUUAUCUAGAAUUUUAUCAGCAUAUAUAAUGAUAAGUCCUGAAAAACAGAUUCCCAAAAUUACUAACAUAUUUUUAGAAUCUUUCAAAGAAAUUUUAAUUCAAUAUUUUGAAAAAAAAAAAAAAAAUAUAUUACUAUCUCCUUCUGUUAAUUGUGAAAAAAUAAAAAAAGUUAAAAAUGAACAAGAAUAUGAUGAUAAACAAUUUAUUGAUAUUGUUUCUAUUGUUAUUAAAUUAUUUUCAAAACUUUUAUACAUAGACAUAUCAAGUUUCAUAACAUUUUUAUCCAAUUAUUUAUAUAAAUAUCAAAAAAAUAUGCUAAUAAAUAAUAUGAUCACCAUCUUAGAAUCAUUAGCUAUUUUGUCUUCUAAAAUAAAAACAAAAGAAAAUAAAUUAUUUUGGAAAAAUUAUUAUUAUAUGAUAAACUAUUAUGUAAAUCAAAUUUUAGAAACAGAUCAAAUUUAUAAAAAUAAAAUAUUAAUGAUAAAUUUUUUAAGUGCUAUUGGAAAAAUAUAUCAUUCUUUUAUUAAAGAUUAUUAUCUAAUUUUGGAUGAAAAUAAUAUCGAAACAAAUUUUUAUUCUAAUAAUAUUUCUCUUAAUUGUGAAUUAAUUGGUAAAGAGAAUAAUAGCCAAGUUGUAUUUAAAAAUUAUUUUUUUUUUAAAAAUGUGUUUGAUAUGUUUUUACCACAUUUAAAAAAUAAUAUAAAAAAUAUGAGCAUUGGUGAAAUAACUGUACUUAUGGAAUGCCUAAAAAAAGAAAAUUAUUCAGAAGAAGCUAUUUGUUUAAUUUUAAAAAAUGAGGACACAAAUUUUGUUAACGAUUUAGUAGAAAGGUGUGUUACAAUUUUUACAAAUUUUGAAAAUCCGGAAAAAAAACAAGCCAAAAAUGGUGACGCGAAUUGUGGCGAUGCGAAAUGUGGUAAUAAAAAAAACGGAAUAAUUCUUUUAAAAAAUUUAGUACUAUUACAAAUAUAUAAUAACAAAUUAGUUGAUUUAAUUGUUAAAAAUUAUAUAAUUCAAUAUACUUAUUUAUCAUCAAUUAAUUUAUUAUCACAAAGUAUAUAUUAUAUAUGUAUAUAUAUUUUGUGGACAGAAUGUUUUAUAAAAAAAAAAAAAAAAUAUUUAUUAAAAUUAUUAAUUCAAAAAAUAUAUGAACUGUUCAUAAAUAAUAAUAUUUUAAUUCAUAAUUUUUCAAAUUCGGAUAUAAAUAUUUCGUUAAAUCAAAUUAAUAAAUUAUCUCAAGAUAUAUCAUUUAUUAAUUCAAUUAAAUAUUUACAUGAAACAAUAUUAAUUAUAUUAUUAAACAUGACAACUUUAUUUCCUAUUUGUAUAAAACCACAAAAAAAUAUAAUAUAUGAUAAUACAUUAUUUUUUAUGAACGAUAUCAAUUUUUUACGAUUUUAUUUAUCUGUUUUUAAUAUAGUUGAUUAUAUAAUGGAAAAAAAUAAAUAUCAUCAAAAUGUAGAUCACAAAUCUGAUAUCUUUCCUAUAACUAUUCAAAUGCAAACUGUUUUUCAAAAUCUAAAUAUUAAAAAUGAGCAACUUACCUUACUUCACUUUUAUAGCACAAUUAAGUUAUCUGUUUAG